CUGUGCGUGCACUGAAUCUCCGGCAUAACAAACACAACUAUCAGCCGCUCAACACUCAAACUUUCUCCAGCACUUCUCACAUUACUGGAGUUUAAAACGCUCCGCAUCAACACAACGCGAUGUCGCGGAAUAUGUAACGCCAUCUAAUUAAGAUGAAGGACUGGUGUCGUCUGCUGCUCUUGGCUGGAAUUGCUGCUGUUUUUCAUGCAGCCUAAAGAGCACCCAUGCACACUAUGGCAACAAUCGGUCCAUGCUCAGAUGCAGAGGACCUGUUGGCUUCCAUCCACCUCGAGAGGUAUCUGGACCACUUCCGCCAGGCAGGCUUUCUCCUCGCCCGAGACUUCUGUCAUGUGGACAAUGUCGCUCUGAACAGGGUGGGAGUCACUGCCACCGGCCACAGGAAGCGUAUCCUCAAACUGGUCGAGCACAUUCAGCUGAUCUGUCAACAUCAAAGGAAAGAGCUCUUGCUAGAUCGCUGUAAUUCAGAAUCUGCUAUUCACGAGGUGACCCCUGUCAAUGUGGAGCCUCUUUCUCCUUCAAGACCUCCUGGCACCUCUUUAGAAACCUUACGUAACAGCUCUGCCCCGAAUCUUUGUGCACAAGUGAAGCGCUCAUUCUCCGAGCGUAGCACCAGUGUUGUAAAGCCGGUACCAAAACCAAGAACUGUCUUCCACAAACUGAGAGCAGAGAAAUUUUCUUUACCAACACAACAUGAAGUGCAACCUCGCCGAAAGUCAUCUCAGGACCUGAUGGUAAUAGUUGCAGAUGAUUCAUCCUCUACUGCGUCCAGUACAGACACUGUUGAAACAUUUACUGAAUCAAAAAACGUUCAUUGUGAACCAGGUUUGAGCAAUACCACUUCAACCCCAGAGACUGGUGGAAUGUUACCUCCAGUCCCCCCUAGGUUAAAUCGAGGAAUUCCCCCCUCCACAUUCAGGAAAAUGUCGGACCAGGAGCAUCUCAGCACCCCACCCCUCUGCACGCCACCUGACUCCCCCUCUAGUUAUCAGUGCUCUCCCUUCACCAACACACCUGGUUCACCUCCAAGUCCUCCCUGCUCAGGGCUUGAGAUGGUCUCUAAUGAAAUCUACUGUGGCACUUUAUCAGGCACUCCUCGUGUGUUUUGGAGUCGCUCUUUACCCGUUCCCCCUCCGCGCCAGGAGGUCAGUCCGUCCACUGAAAAUCAAAGCACUUUAGAAAAGUCCAACUCAACUGAAACACCCAAAAGAACGUCUGCAUCUGCUGAGUACGAAGAUGAAAUGAUCAACCCGUACUGUGAAACUGUCUUCCACAGCAAGCGACAAUAUCAACAUUCAGAGGUUGACAAGACCAAAAUUGAGGAAAAGACUACAAAUAAAGAGGAUAAAACAAGAGAUCAUGGGCAGAACCAUCACGCGUGGCUCAAGCGUCUUGAUUCUCCAGGCUACUGCACUGUGGGUGAACCCACACCGGGCUCCCACUCGUUCUCCCUCCCUCAUAACCUCUGCUCCAAUGAAGCAGACGAGGACCACAUCAUCUCUCCCUACGCCAGCUUCACCUCGCUGUCCGAGCGGAUGGCACCUAUCCUCAGCGGCUGGCUGGACAAGCUCUCUCCUCAAGGGUACGCCCCAUCGGGGCUGCUACUCUCCUCUCAUCUCUGCGUCUCCUGCACGCUCCUCAAUGGCUGUUUCUGCUCCCUGUCUGUCCUCUCUGGCCGAAACUAUGUGUUCCAGAAACGAUAUGUGAAGUUUGAUGGGAAAAACUUGAUGUACUAUGGUAGUGAAAAGGAUGCUUAUCCCAAAGGUGUGAUUCCCUUAGCUGCCAUACAGAUGGCCCGCGUAGCCAAAGACAAUAAAUUUGAGAUUGUGACAAGUCACAGGACGUUUGUGUUCCGAGCUGAUAAUGACGUCCAGAGGAGCAAAUGGUGCAGCAUGUUGCAGGAGCGGGUCAAAGAACAGCUGGUUUUUGGCCGUCCACGUUUUGGCCCCGGCAGUCACUGCCAAAAGAGUGGCUUCCUGGAGCUUAAAGGAACCAAGUCAAAGAUCUAUGCAGCAAUUAUAAUGGAGCAGAUCUGGUUGUACAAGAGUGAGCAGUGCUUUAAAAAUGGGAUUGGAAUUACUGUAAUUGAGGCCAGAGGUGCUACAAUUCGUGAUGGGAAGGGCAAGAGCUUUGAUCUCAUUACUCCUUAUAAAACCUUCAGCUUCACGGCAGAGUCGGAGCGAGAGAAGAGGGACUGGAUGGAGGCCCUGCAGGAAUCUAUAGCAGAAACACUAUCUGAUUAUGAGGUGGCAGAGAAGAUCUGGUCCAACAGGUCCAACAAGAUCUGCGCAGACUGCAAAGCCAUCAAUCCAGACUGGGCAUCCAUUAAUCUCUGUGUGGUCAUCUGCAAGAAUUGCGCAGGCCAGCAUCGAAGUCUUGGCACAAUGGUGUCGAAAGUGCAAAGUCUGAAACUGGACACCAGUGUGUGGAGCAAUGAGAUCGUUCAGCUCUUCAUAAUGCUUGGCAACGAUAGAGCGAAUGAAUUCUGGGCAGCAAGACUUCCUGUGACCGAGGAGCUGGACUGUGAUGCCUCCCCAGAACAGCGGAGAGAGUUUAUCACCCACAAAUAUAAAGAAGGCAGAUAUCGCCACCCUCAUCCCAGUUUCAGCACCCAAGAGGAACUUCUUAAGGCGCUGUGCACCGCCGUGACCGAGCAGAACCUCCUGAAGACAGUCACUCAGAUUUUUGCGGAAGCUGAGGCCGUUCGACUCGCUGACGCUAAUGGAAACGUUAAGCGCCUGUCCCCACAUUACUCAUACACACAGUCUGCAGAUUCCUGUGUCUAUGAUGAGAUCAUGCAGCCCAUCCUGUACUCCGGAUACCUCUACAAGUCAGGCUCCUUGAACAAAGGGACAUUAUCCCGCAGAACCAGAGACGAUUUUCAAAAGUACUGGUGUUCGGUGGAGAAGUCUAUUCUCUUCUACGAGUCUGACAGAUGUCAUGAGCCCAGUAUGAAGAUCAAUGUGAAAGACAUCAUCUGUUUAGGAGUUAACAGGCCAGAUUCCAGCAACAACAGCGGCUUUAUUGACAAAUUUCGAUACACUUUUGAACUUUACUUAACAUCUGAUAAACUGAUUCAGUUUGGCUUGGAGACUCGAGAGGCUUUGCAUAGUUGGGCGAAAGCGAUAGGGAAGGCCACCACACCUCUCAGCUGUCACUGCCUGCUGGCGCGAGAGUUCGAGCGAGUGGGCGUACUGCGCUACAAGGCCAUGCUAGACCCGCAGUGGAAAGAAGGCUUCUUUGUUCUGCAGAAGUCCAACCUGUUCAUAUGCCCUGGAAAUGAUGGAGCCGCUGAGGAUAUUAUAAACCUGAAACGCCUACAGGAGCUCAGCAUUGCAUCAGAAACGGAGAACCAUGAGAAGAAGGACAUUCUGGUUCUUGUUGAGAAAGGAAGGACUCUGCAUCUGCAGGGCAUGGGCAGGACCGAUUUCUCCCUGUGGUACGCAGACAUCCAGAAGUCUGCGGGAGGGAAGGGAAACAACCUUAAAGACCAGCAGCUCAGCAGAAAUGACAUCCCCAUCAUUGUAGACAGUUGCAUUGCAUUCAUAACACAGUAUGGUCUGGGCCAUGAGGGUAUAUACAGGAAAAAUGGUGCAAAAUCCAGAAUCAAGCUUUUGAUUGAAGAAUUUCGUAGGGAUGCCCGUAAUGUGAAGCUACGCAUUGGAGAUAACUUCAUAGAGGACGUGACGGAUGUACUGAAGAGGUUCUUUCGGGAGAUUGAUGAUCCCAUAUUCAUGGCUGAUCUUCACCCCUUCUGGAGGGAAGCUGCCAAGAUACCUCUAAAGGCACAGCGCUUGGACCGAUACAAAGAGCUGAUUCGAGGUUUACCACGGGUCAACAGGACUACUUUAGCAGCACUCAUCAGUCAUCUCUACAGGGUACAGAAGUGUGCUGAUCUGAAUCAGAUGUGCACUAAGAACUUGUCUCUGCUGUUUGCACCCAGUCUGUUUCAGACUGAUGGAAAAGGAGAACAUGAGGUCAAAAUCAUAGAAGACCUCAUUGAUAACUAUCUGUAUAUAUUUGAUAUUGAUGAAGAGCAUCAAACUCAGAUUGAACUGGAAAUCAGUUUGAUAACCACUUGGAGAGACACGCAGCUCUCACAGGCAGGGGACUUGAUUAUUGAAGUUUAUCUGGAAGAAAAAAUACCAGAUUGCUGCAUCACUUUGAAAGUGUCCCCCACUAUGUGUGCUGAGGAGCUGACCAAUCAGGUGCUGUAUAUGAGAAAUAUUCCUCCAGGGGAAAAAGACGUGUGGAUGACCUUUGAGGCCAUUGAGGAAGGAGAGCUGGAGCGACCUCUUCACCCCAAAGAGAAGGUUCUGGAACAAGCUCUACAGUGGUGUAAAAUGGCCGAUCCCAGUUCGGCAUAUCUGGUGGUGAAGAAGGUGCCUAGAGGAGAAGCUAUAGACAUUUUCACAGCCUAUAAGAGUGAGAUUGUGAAGUCUGGAGUACUGAAGUGUCGGGAAGAGCCGCCCAAACUCUUGCAAGGAAACAAAUUCCAGGAGCGAUCAUUCCAAAUUAAAGACCACAGACUACUCCUGCUAAAGGACAAAAAGAGCAACAAGCCUGAGAAAGAGUGGCAACUGAAAACCUUGAAGAUUUACAUGGGGAUCAGAAAGAAGUUAAAGCCACCAACAAAAUGGGGAUUAACGGUAAUGCUGGAUAAACAGCAAUUGUACCUUAGCUGUUCCUGUGAAACUGAGUUAUGGGACUGGAUGACUAAUUUACUAAAAGCACAGAACGAUGACCUGCGGCCACCCGUGAUGAGACGGCACUCUUCCUCUGACAUUUCCAAGCAGAAGUUUGGCACCAUGCCUCUAGUGCCCAUCAGAGGAGAGGAGAGCAACACCAACUCCACCAUGCUCUCCGCCAACCAGACUCUGAGAAAGCUUCACACCAGAAGAGCACUCUCAAUGUUCUUUCCCAUGAAGAUGCAGCAGGACUCGUUUGAGGAGCGCAUUGAAAGCCCCGAGCCUUUGUAUGAGGAGGUGGGCGACUUCGGUCUGCAGGUGCUCAAAUCUUUGGAAACGAGUUUCCUGUCCAGUGCUCCUGCAGAGACCCAGGAGGUUCCCGCACGGCCCGUCAGCCUGGGACAGAGGAAGACCGCCUCCCUGGAUCGCAUGGUUGGGUCAAACCCACUGCACUCUCUGUCCUCCUCUGGUCAAUCUCUAGACACCCUGAGCCAGGACGACUCUCUGCCCGUCCCAGGUAGGCACAGGUCACACAGAUCAUGUAGCCCGCAACAGGAAUUGCUGUUACAGGAACUCUCCACUAUGUUCUGCAAGAAACCGGAGUCUGAAGAGCAGCACAGUGCUGAGAACCUUAGAGACUAGACAAAUCCCACGAGCAGUUUGCUUUGGAACUUGAAAUUGCUGUUAUGAAAUUGCCACGUGUAUCUGUUUGAAACCGACUAGUAUUAAAAUGACCUGUUCAUUAACAUAAAACAUUGCUAUAAAGUAUUGUGCCAAAGCAGUCACUGGAUUUAAGAUGCAAAUCUGUGCUAUAAUUGUUUUGUAUAAAUCUGUGUUGGCAUGUGCAUUUGUUGACUUUGUUACACUAAAACGGACCUCUCAACAUUUUAACGAAUUUCACUUUUUAUUAUUAUAUUUUAUUGUUCUAUUAUUUGUACCUAAAGAUAAAAUGACAUUUAAGUUUCACUUUGUAACCUUUUUUAAAAAUGCAUUUCUUGGCUCAGUAACAUUGUAUUUUCUCUAUAACUGUAAGAAAUGAGUCGUUAUGCAUGUAAAGCAAAGCAUCUGUGGUCUGUAAUACAUAAUCAGUGGAAAGCAUUUACAGAGAUAUUCCAGGACUGCAGACCGAUUCAAUGACUACUGUAUGUGUGCAUUUCAGUUCUCCUGGGACCUUGACCAGAUCUUUUUAUAUGUAUACUGUUUAUUAUAUUUAUUAAUUUAUUUAUAUAGACUAUUUGAUAUUUCUCAGUGUUUGGAAACACAGUGAAGGAACAUUGUUAUCAGAAGGAAGGCAAUUUCUUCAAUCGGACUGUAACAGUAGAGGGCAGUAUAGAUACAGCACAUGAUGUCCGCACAAUCUAUGGCAUUUUCAAUGCAUAGAUUUUCACUUCUCUUUACAGGCAUUUAUUAAAGGCAUGUGCAGUUCUAUAAAGUCUCAUAACAAAAUAAAUCUGUUCUUACCCUGAA